UCGAGUAUCGUGUGCGCGUAGUUCGUGAGUUUCGAUUUUAUCGUAAUUUUAUUUUUUCGUUUUGCUCAUUCUUUAUACAAUGUACAUGUUAUAUAAAAUAGUGUGUAUAAAUAUUUAAUAAAUAUGAUGUGUCAUAUAAUAAACUUUAUACUCACUAAGUAAUUAACCACUUGUUAUACUUUGGGGGAUAAAAUGAAAUAGAUAAAACUCAAAUUUAUAAUGAAUAUCACUUCUACAAAUAAUACUUGUCUGCCCGAAAAAGUAGUAAAUCCUGGUUGGUGUCCUAGCCACUGGGAUCUAUUGCUAUGUUGGAGAACUUCAAAACCUGGUACUGUAGUUUACCAGGCUUGCUUUGAUGAACUGAACGGAAUGCGUUAUGAUACAUCACAAAAUGCUAGUCGUCGUUGCCAAUCGAAUGGUGUUUGGGAAAAUUUUUCUGAUUAUAUGAGUUGCCAACCUUUAGAUACAAACAAUUCAUUGUAUCCAGAUCCAUCAAUUGUAUACACAUCAUACUUUUAUUAUGGUGGUUAUACCAUAUCAUUAGUGGCAUUGGUGGCAGCUGUAUCUAUAUUUGUAUACUUCAAAGAUUUACGAUGUUUGAGAAACACAAUACACACAAAUUUAAUGUGCACUUAUAUACUAUCUGAUUUUACAUGGAUAUUGACAUCAACACUUCAGGAAUGGCUUUCUGCUAGUAAUAACGCUUGUGUAUUAUUUACAUUUUCGUUACACUACUUUGUUUUGACAAAUUUUUUUUGGAUGUUUGUUGAAGGCUUGUAUCUGUAUAUUUUGGUUGUAGAAACUUUCACCCGGGAAAAUAUCAAGCUCCGCGUUUACAUGUUUAUUGGCUGGGGAUUCCCACUGAUAAUUAUGAUUGUUUGGGGUGUUUCUAAGUUCAUCACACCAAUACCAGUUGGAAUCGAGGAAAUAAGCGAUUCUUGUACUUGGAUGACACGACCACAUCCCGUGCAUGAUUGGAUCUACCAAGGGCCGGCGAUAAUAGUGUUGAUAGUAAACUUAGUUUUUCUAUCAAAAAUCAUGUGGGUACUAAUAACAAAGCUGAGAUCAGCGAAUUCGGCUGAAACUCAACAAUACCGAAAAGCCAGUAAAGCUUUGUUAGUUCUUAUACCAUUAUUAGGCGUUACGUACAUACUAACCAUGGUUGGCCCUACGGAAUCCGGUACAUACGCUAACUAUUAUUCCUAUGGUAGAGCUACACUUUUGUCUAUGCAGGGCUUUAUGGUAGCAAUAUUUUACUGCUUUGUUAAUUCUGAAGUUAAGAACACGUUCAAACAUCAUUUCAUUCGAUGGAACGACGCGAGGAAUUUGAGGACCGGUGGUAGCCGAAGAUUUACUUAUUCAAAGGAUUGGUCACCGAAUACAAGGUCCGAUAGUGUCAGGUGGUCAAUGUCUAGAAGAUUGCCCUCUCAAGUAUAAUAACAAUUUUUUUUAGAUUUUUAAUGAAUU